AUGUCAAAUCGUGGCCCAAUUGCGAGUCAAUCUCGUGGGAUUCCGGCAUCAUUCAAGGGAGAUAACACCACCAUAAGACUUGAUGGCAUCUCUAUGACAAAACCCAUCUAUUUUCAGUGGCCGCCAUCUAGUCUUUCGUCACUUGCCAUCCACCUAUCGUUCACACAACCGUCGGCCUUCCUUCUUGAUUCCGUGCAGGUGUUGGUAACAUCAUAUGGUGAGCUUGAUAAGAAUAAGUAUCUUGAUCCGAGGACUGCGCAGGUUGCUAUAGUUGACCAUAUUAAACAGGUUUGUACAGAAGUGAGACCUGCAGCUGAUGAGGAACUUCCUUCUCCAUAUAUUGAGGAAUUCCGGUAUGCUCUGGAUGCAGAAAUACUUAGAUAUGUUGGUGAAGCUUAUCCAAAAGGUGUAUGUUCAGUUUAUUGUACAAAGGGAAAAGAUGUGGAAGGAGCAGGAUUUGGUUUUGAGCUUCUUGUGGUGAUUUCUGCUGCCAAACUUAGCCCACAGAACUUUUGCAAUGGAAGUUGGCGGUCAAUUUGGAACAUUGAGUUCAACGAUGAUGCACAAGUGCUUGAAGUAACAGGCAAGUUGCAGGUGGGUGCCCAUUAUUUUGAAGAGGGAAAUGUGCAGUUAGAUGCAAAACAUGAAUGCAAAGAUACAACAAUUUUUCAGUCCCCUGAUGACUCUGCAAUUUCCAUAGCCCACAUUAUACGCCAUCAUGAGACAGAGUAUCUGGCAUCUCUAGAGGCAUCCUACUCAAAUCUGCCAGAUAACACAUUCAAGGAUCUUCGAAGGAAACUUCCCGUUACUCGUACCCAUUUCCCUUGGCAUAACACUACACAAUUCAGCCUUACAAGAGAAAUCUCAAAAGAACUCGGAAUUGGAAAGUGAAUAUUACAUCAUCUCAAAAACCUAGCCAUUAUCUUGAUGUGUAAAAUUGAGUUAGUGAGUUUUCUUCCUAUUGAAGAUUUGCUUUCUUAAACAUCAUAUUAAUUCUUGGGAGAGUUUAGUUCCUCCCCCUUCCUCACCUCAAAUUUGGUCAUUUCGCCAUUUUCCAUCAAUUGUUCUCUGUCAAUAGUGUUCUCAAUUUUGAUGUGUAGUUUUUGUAUCGUGUUACUGACGAGUCGUAUCGUGUAUAGUAGUAAUUUUUUUUUUCAAUGACAUUAUUUUUCCCUUUUGAUGUUUGUAAAGUUUGUGAUCUUAAUGUACUUGUAGACUCUGUUUGCCUGGUAUAUCCUAAAAUUAUUUUGUCGUUUGUUUCCUUCGAAGAGUUUGUGGGAUGCCCAUUUGAUUUAU